GCGCCGCGGGGCGGGCGUCCCGCAUGCGCACGGCGCCGCGAUGCUGUCCGCCCGCGGCGGCGGCACCACGCCGCGGGCGCUCAGCGCCCGCGGCUCGCCGCGCGAGCGCGCGCCGAGCCUCUUCGCGCAGUCGCCGCGCGGCGGCGCGCCGUGGGCGCCGGCGGGGCCGCUGACGCCGCGGCAGGGGGCGCCGUCGCCGCGGCCCGCGGACUCCGCGCUGGAGACGCCGCGCGAGCUGGAGGCCGUGGAGCUCGCGCGAGAGGCCUUCGUGGAGGACCUGGACUGGCACCACGACUGGCUCGGCCACGCCCGCUCCCACGGUGCGCUCCUGGAGGGCCUCGUCGACGGCCUCGAGUGGUUCGGCGCCGCCCCGGUCGUGCGCUUCUGCGCGCACUCGUACGGCGGGGGCGAGCCGGGCGCUCUGGGCGCCGAGAUCGCGCGGCUGCGGGCGCGGCAGGCCGCCGCCGCCCGGCUCCUGGAGCAGGUG